UCUCGUAAGAAUCUUGUUGCCUGUAGGGUUAUAAGAUGGCAGGCUUUCAUUCGUACCCUAAUCAUUUUGGAAGUAACGCCAUGCAUUACGCUACGAAUGAACCUCUACCUCCCGGUUGGGAGAUUUUAUACGAUCCGAUAACAGGUUGGCCAUUUUUCGUGGAUCACGCGACGAAAUCAACAACGUGGAACGACCCUCGACGAACGCAUCCUAAGCCGGGCAUGAUGGGAUUCCCCAGUGUUCCUCCUCAGCUUGGUGCCAAGGAAAUUCCCAUACACCAUGAGACAGUUCCUCGUCGAUCACAGGCGGACACAAACUACGAGAGGCAAACAGGAAGUCCCAGGAGUCAACAGUUCAGGUCACAUAUGGAUGAACAGCCUCCGAGGUCUGGUAGCUCGCGAGCUCAGCAGUUCAAGUCACACAUGGGAGAUCAAUCCCCACGCUCGGGCAGCCCACGCGCUCAGCAUUAUGGGUCACACAUGGACAACAGACCUCCGCGAACAGGUAGUCCCCGCCAACAUCAUCACAUGGAGGAACCCGUGAGGAAUAGCACCCCACCCCUCAGGCAAAUACCCAUAAAUGUCGUGGGUGGACGACAAGGUGUCCCGCUUUCGUCAAGCCCCAGCACUCACCAGGGCCUCCCUCAAACGACACACCACCAGUCGCACCACCCUGGGCAUGGGCCCUCGGCACAGUUCCAUCAAGGAGCCCCACCGCAGAGAAUGCCGGAGUCCUAUCCGACACAGCAGCCUCACUAUCAAACUAAUGAGAAGGGUGAACGUAUCAUACCAGUGAUGCGUGUGGACGCCACACAGCCGACAACUUACAGCCAGCCUCACCCACAAAACCACCCCCACCAGGCUUAUCCCGCACAGUACCCCCACAGCACAGUGGUCACGGCAUCAACCACGCACCCAACCCCUGACAACAUGGCUACCCAGUCACACCAGCCACACUACAGCUCCCCGGCUGUUUACUCAGAGAGCGCACAGAAAGCUCAAAACGCCCCAUCCGCUAUGGAUCACUCGGGGGAGCAAAGCAGCCAACCACAGCCCGCUGAACCAGCGGAGCAGAAACCCCCACCGCCCAGGAAACUGACGCCUCUGGAGGUGAUCGCAGCUGUCGAAUUGGAGGCAAACCAGUACCGUGACGCUGUCAGCCAGUUCAAAGGGUUGAAAACAGACAAAGAGUAUCGUUUCUUGGAAGAAAUGCUGAUGCGGACCCUGUUGAAGCUGGACACAGUUGACACAGGUGGUGUGGAAGAAGUUAGGACGGCUCGCAAACAAACUGUGCGCAAAAUCCAAAGCAUGCUCGACGAGUUAGAACUGAAAGCCUUCGCUGCGGAGUCUGGCGAGGCACCUGCCGAUGCGCCCACCGACUCUAAUGUUAGCCAUGGCAACAGAGACUCACCUAUGGACACAGAGAACACGCGUUCGGACAGUGAUACAGCAAAAAGUGAUCAGUCAAACGGACAGUUGCAGUCAAAAGACCCGUCACGCGUGAAAGAAAUGGUCCUAGAUAGUGAAGUAGCUUGCUAAGAGUGUUUAUUAUUAUUAUUAUUAUAAUUAUUAUUAUUAUAUACAUGUACCAUAUGUGUUUUCUUGUAAUUAUUACCAAAUUUACGAGUGUACAUGUAUGGACAGCUACAGUAUGAUUGGUUUCUGCUUGUUAGGUUCUAGAGAAGUUCUGUUGUUGUUAAAGGCUAAGUGUAACUGGCAUUUGUGUAUCAAGUUUAAGCAUUUUUUUCCCAGUUUUUCUGUGUUCUGUCUUUCUUUUUGUUUUCAUUUUUCUUAAUUUAUAAAUUUUUUUCACACCUGUUUUAAAUGCUACAUGUUUAUUAGCAUGGUUGUUAUUGUGCUUUAAAAAUAAAGAAUGGUGCAUAUCAUUAAAAUCCACUGAUUUGUUUGUGGAAACCUACAUGUAAUAUCCGAAGACUGCAAAGAUAAGUGUGUGUCAGCAGAUUGUUUCAUUAGUACGGUGUGGUUUUACACUGAAGGAAUUCAAACUUAUGAUAACUUAUAUAUGAAAACAGAUUUUUAAAAAAACAAUUGUUUCUGACUUCAAAAAUGAAGUUUUUCUUUGGCAUUAUUUGUAUCCAUCAUUUACUUCUCUUGGUUUGAAGCAUGCAUACUUGCCAGUUACUGUUUUUGUAUGUUUAAGUUAAUUGUUUUUUUCAAAGGUCAAGUUGUGUUGACCUAGGAACUUUUUGUUAAGAGGUCAGAGUUGAACUAUAUGUGAACUUUCCAGUUUUCAUGUGCAUGAAGAUCUUUUCAGAGUUGUGUCAUUUUUCUCUGACAGCCUCCCUCAUUCCCUUCCCUGUGAUAAGAAUUUAAAUGUACUCAGAUCAAAUUCUUCAAGAAAACUCAGCAGUAGACAGACCAUUAUAUCUAGGGAGGUGAUCCAAAUAUCAGGCUGCAUAGAGUUCUCCCAUGUUACAUAGGUAUGUGUGGUAAAGAUAGUGCCUAUGAUGUAAAUAGCAGCCAUUUUGAGAAAGUGAACAGAACUCUGUACCACUGGACAACUACUAUUUCCCCUUAAAAGUUCAGGGAAAUGGCCACUACCUGACGCAGAGCUAGAUUCUUAUCAUAUCUGUAGCUGACAAAAUUCCUGUAUUUAAGACUCAAAUGUUGAUCUGACAAACUUGUAUAUUGCCUUCAUUUUAUGCCCAAAACAACUGUGUGAACAAAAAUAAAGCAUUGCUGUAUAGAAGCACAUUAUAAA